AUGACCAAGAAGAUUAGGAUUCUCAAAGACACAACAUAUUACUCUUUAAUAAAGGAAGCAAUAUACAGUACAGGGGACAGAAUGGCCACCUCCAGCAAUAUCUUCAGCUACUUGAGUACCAGACACCCGCUACUCUUUACUUCUCUAAAUUCUAAGACUUGGAAAGGAAACAUUAGACAUGUUCUGUCUAAGAAUCCAGAGUUUGUAAAAAUAAAGAAGAAGGGCAACGAGAAGGAGCAUUACUGGACACAUGCCCCACCAGAAGGCAUCGAGGAAUGUAGAAUAAAUGCAAAUGAUAGAUUGGGCAUUGGACUGCUUGGAGAAUUGCCAGUUAACAAAGUGAGGGAAAAGAGACGGAAUAUUGUACCUUUCAAAGAACAAGCAAAUGAAAGUGCAAGAGAGAAUAUUGAUCAAGCAUUCGCUGAUUCAUUGAGAGAGAUGUUUGUGUUCGAAAAUAAACAGGUCUUUAAACAAGCCUUUAAGGAAGAGGACGAUGGCGACUGGUUUUGGGAUUUUGAAAAUUCAAAGAAAUGCAAAAGGGUAGAAUAA